GUUGGCUGUGUGGCGGCGAGCUGCGUGCCGACGCAGAGAGACCUGACAGCGCCGAGCUCAUGUCCGCCGUGGCGGCCUGGCUUUGUUUUUAGGCCAGGUCUCCGGGACCGGCCCGGGAAGAUGGUGCUGGGGGGCUGCCCUGUGAGUUAUCUACUGCUGUGCGGCCAGGCGGCCUUGCUGCUAGGGAACCUGCUGCUGCUGCACUGCGUCUCUAGGAGCCACUCGUUUAAUGCCACGGCCGAACUGGAUCUCACACCCUCAGGCGCCGCUCACCCCGAGAGUCCCGUAGCCCCGAGCUGGGAAUACAGCGACCCCCACUCUCCGAUCAUCCUUUGCUCUUACCUACCUGAUGAGUUUGUAGAUUGCGAUGCCCCAGUGGAUUUCGUUGGAAAUGAAACCGCGACCAAGGAACUUGGUUAUGGUUGUUUCAAGUUUGGAGGUCAGGCCUACAGUGAUGUGCAACACACUUCGGUCCAGUGCAGAGCCCUGGAUGGAAUUGAGUGCGCCAGUCCCCGGACCUUUCUACGAGAGAAUAAGCCUUGUAUAAAGUACACUGGACACUACUUCAUAACCACGUUGCUCUACUCCUUCUUCCUGGGAUGUUUCGGCGUUGACCGUUUCUGUUUGGGACACACUGGAACAGCCGUUGGGAAGCUGCUGACACUGGGGGGACUUGGGAUCUGGUGGUUUGUUGACCUAAUUUUGCUCAUCACUGGAGGGCUGAUGCCCAGUGACGGCAGCAACUGGUGCACUGUCUACUAAAAGCUGCCACUGUCCCAUGCCAGCAAGGAUAAAAAAGUGUUCGGCUGCCUGGCUAAUUACUACAAGCUCCAAAUUCUUCUCCAAACAUCGCUUUCCCCUUUAGAAGUUCGGACUGAACUUUGCAACCCAAACCUUACCUUGCAGACCAGAAAUGACAAGCAGUGUUGUGGGGGUCCAGUCAUACCUUUCUUCAUGUGUAAAAUAGCAAAGAUAGUGACUUUUUCUGAGUUCUGUUUCUCUGUGACUGGAUCUUGAGUCAUCCGGAGCAGGGGGUCCCAACAGGACCAAGCAAGUGUUUACUUGUACACAGCCUUUCGUGACCCAGAAUUUCCAAGCACAGGUCAUAAACUGUGCCAAUGAAAAAUCUCCAGGUGACAUAGAAAUGACCAUGGAUCUUAAUUACACACCAAAAUUCUGACUCUGUGAAGUUAAAUUACAGAAUAAAAUUUUAAGACCUA